UCCCGGUGAGGAGCAGCCCUGCUCACAGCGGACCGGACCGCCGCGCAGGAAAAAAGACUCAUCGCUGCUAGUAACCCAACAUUUUUAUUAUUAUUUAACGAAAAGAAAAAAGGGCUUAAAAUGUCUCUGCAAACUGGACGGGAUGGUCGCAGAGUGAAGGGAUCGUGCCAUGACAUUACAGCACCGUGUUGUUGUUGAUGUAGCUUUGAGUUUUGAGUUAUUAUGCUCUCUCGAAAGAAAAGUAAAAACGAAGCGUCCAAACCAGCCGAGGUACACGGGAAAUAUGUGAAGAAGGAAACAUCGCCUCUCCUCAGAAAUCUUAUGCCCUCUUUCAUCCGCCAUGGACCCACUAUUCCCAGACGCACAGAGGUCCCUCUUCCAGAUAUGGGGCCCUCUUCCUACCCUGUGGCCCCCAGCAGGGAGCCCGUGGUGUCCCGCAACAAGAGCUUCCUCCGUGCCCCCGUGCAGAGGCCUCCUCAUGAAGUGGCCCGCAGAGAGAGCCACCGCAUGUCAGCACCUCCGUACCUGCCUCGCAGUCUGGGAGACCAGCCCCACGAGUACGGGGGCUCCUCACAGUCCUUCCUCACAGACGUGAGCCCCAUGUCUGAGAACGGAGACGCUGCCCGCUAUUAUUACCCCUCUGAACCUUACUAUGAGAACCAACAGCAACAGCAGCAGCAACAACAACAACAACAGCAGCAACAGCAGCAGCAGCAGCAGCAGCAGCGCCAGCCCCAGCCCAGGAGGGUCCCAGACCGCUUUCCUGAGGACUAUAGAUACUAUGAGCACAAUGAACACAACUUCCAAAGAGUUCCACGACAGCACACUCCCCCGGCUCCAAGUAGACCCCCUUCAGGCAUAGGUCGAAUACAGGCCAAGUCCCUGGGGAACCUCUCCAGUCUGACGGGAGAGGACCUCCCUCUUCCGGCCGGCUGGACCGUCGACUGGACCAUCCGUGGCAGGAAGUACUACAUCGACCACAACACUAACACUACACACUGGAGCCACCCCCUAGAGAGGGAAGGGCUCCCUCCAGGCUGGGAGAAGGUGGAGUCGGCUGAGUUCGGGGUCUACUACGUGGAUCACAUCAACAAGAGGGCACAGUAUCGUCACCCCUGUGCUCCGAGUGUGCCUCGCUACGAUCAGCCCCCACCGCUACCACCUCCUGUGACCUAUCAGCCGCGUCCUGCGGAGAGGAACCAGCCGGUGCUGGUGCCAGCUAACCCGUACCACACAGCCGAGAUCCCAGACUGGCUGCAGGUGUACGCCCGCGCCCCCCUCAAGUAUGACCAUAUCUUGAAGUGGGAGUUGUUCCAGCUGGCGGACCUGGACACGUACCAGGGCAUGCUGAAGCUGCUGUUCAUGAAGGAGCUGGAGCACAUCGUCAAAUCCUACGAGGCGUACCGGCAGGCGCUGCUGUCCGAGGUGGAGGCUCGCAAACAGCGGCAGCAGUGGUACGCCCAGCAGCCCAACAAGAACUUCAUAGGGAACAUGUGAUGUGUGUGUGUGUGUGUGUGUGUGUGCGUGUGUGUGUGUGUGUGCGCAGUGGGGACUCCAUCGCUGCCACACCUCUCUGAGGUUCCCACAGUUUGGGAGCGGUCAGGGUUUCCUUUGAAAUCAUGAUUGACUCUUAAUUGCCUCUUUUUACCAAACACAUCUGUGCCUUCGCUUAAUCCAAAUAUAUCAGCCAGGAAGUCAAGACGCACAUUGGUGGUGUUGGGGGUGGGUGGGGUAGGGGUUCCUCUGAGGCCCCUUUAACCCCCCCUUCCCCCUCCUCAAUGUGACACUCAAUGUAUGAAUGACUGUGUGACUGAAAAGAAAAAAAAAAAACUCCAAUGAAGAAAAUGAAAAACCUAUAAUGUGCUACAUCUGGGGAGACUGCUUGUGGUGCCAUUUACAGCCACUGCCCUGAGAGCUGAAUUGCUGUAUGGAUUUUUUGUUUUAAAGACUGAGGAGUACAGUCUGAAAAAAACUCUGGAUAUUUGUUCAAAAACAUCCUGAGAUUGUGCCUUUUUUUUUUUUUUUUUAAAUAACAAAUGCAGCAUUUCUACAAUGUCAGCUCAUAUCGUGUAUACACCAGCUACUCCGUCGUUUUUUCCUGCAGGAGAAAAAGACAGGCAGCUUCUUCUAAUUUGUUUCCGUAUUAAAAUACUUUUUUUCCUUUUUUGCUUUUUGUUACCCUCAUAAACUGAAAACACACUUUUUUUUUUACUACAUUAAACAAAAAAAAGUGUGCAUUGUUCCUUUUUUUUUUUUUUUUUUUUAAAUGACAUAUCCUUUAUAAGACAAUCCACCAAAACUUUAUCAGAUAUUUAAGUUUUGAUAUGAAACACGUCUUUAUUUAAAGACCUUGUCGGAUGAAGCAUCACAUUUGAUGCAGUGGUUUGAGCAUCUCGCGGCUCUCGGCAUUACUGUAAGUCAGGAAUAUUCUUGUGUGUGUUUAUAUAAUGAAACAUAAAUAAGCUACUGGAACUUUUUUUUUUAAAAACACUUCAGAAGACAUUUAAGUUUGCCAAACAAGUGCAAUUCUCCUUGUUUCAUUCUUUCUGGAUAUUUCUUGCCUCAGUAAUGCCUUAUUUUUUUAUGGACUGACACGUCUCUCUUCUUCUGUGAUUAAAUUGAAGUGCAGAUUCUUGAAAGCUUAUUCCACUGAUCACCGAUCAAUCGCACACUUUUAAGAUACUCAGAAGUGUCUUUAAGCCAUAGGUUUUGUCUAGUUGAGGCCGGUGCUAGUUUUCUACAAGUAUUUUUCACUCAUGGUAGGAAAUAUAAGUAGUUUAUAACGCUAUUACCUUUUUACAGUUACGUUCAGGUCUCUUCUUAAACUACCAGGAACUAUAUUUACAGCACGAAUAAGAAUUACAAGUGUCUGAUUGAACUUGUCUGUGAUUUCUGAACGUCUUUUAAAGAGUGUUUGAUCGGUGGACGGUAGAAUAGGUUUAUCGAGAAUCUCAGCUUUUUUUGUUUCAUGAGUCCUUCUCUGUGCAGGAAGGUCUCAGUUGCAUCUUUUCAGAAUGGUUUCACCGGUUUGUACAUACAUAAUUUUGUGGAUUGCAAGUACAGGAAAUAAGCAAUAAAGUCUGCAGUGAAUAAAACAAAUACCCUUUGAGACAA